AUGACUUCGGGUGCAAUAAGGAAGCAAGGAUUUCUCUAUAAUUUGCUCGUCACGCACAUCUUCUUCCCGUUCAUCAACAGGUUUCUAAAGAGCAUUGUUGACAAAACCAGUGAGGCUCUGUACAUUGAAGUAACUUCUACUGGUCAUGGCGCCAAAUACGGAAAAGGAGGGACAAAAAGUGCAGUGACGAUGUUCAUCGACAACCCGAUUCAUUUUUGCUGGUUGAUGAUUUUGGACGAAAAAAUGGGACUUGGCGAAGCAUAUAUGGCUGGCGAUUGGCGAGCGGAACCAAAUCCUACAGAAUUCCUCAAGCUUCUCAUCAGAGCAAAGAAGGAGCAAGCAGCUGCUCGAAAAUCCUCGGCGAAACCAUCCAAGGGAAAUUUCUUUGCUACCGUAAUCGGACUGUUGCUGACUUUCGUACGUAAAACGACAGCCGUAAUCAACUAUAUCCAACAUAGAAUCAGAGAUAACACUGUAGCGCAAAGUGCCAAGAAUAUAGAAGAGCACUACGACCUUGGUAACGACAUGUUCGAGCUGUUCCUUGACAAAACCAUGACCUAUUCAUGCGCUCUGUUCAAGGAACCCGGUCAUCGCGUCGAAAAGGUCGAUUUCGAAGAGCUGGAGGAAGCCCAAUUGCGAAAAAUUGACGCUCUCAUCGAUAUGCUUGACCUUAGCGAGAACGACAAAGUGCUUCGAGAUUGGAUGCGGAUGGGGAGCGUUCGCGAUCCGAGCAGUUCAGGUUGCCAAUGGACUGGCUUAACGAUUUCACGUGAACAACUCGCUUUGGCUAAAGACAGAGUAAAGGCUGCUGGUCUCGAGGACAAGAUCGACCUGAGAAUUCAGGACUACAGAUUCGUUCAAGGCUCAUUUACCCGAGUGAUUUCGGUGGAAAUGAUCGAAGCCGUCGGACACGCGUUCCUUCCACAAUAUUUCCAAACCAUCUCGGAUCGAUUGGUUCCUGGAGGAAAAGCGGUUAUCCAGGUACAAUAUAGUUCUAGCGCUGAGUUGAUGACUUCGGGUGCAAUAAGGAAGCAAGGAUUUCUCUAUAAUUUGCUCGUCACGCACAUCUUCUUCCCGUUCAUCAACAGGUUUCUAAAGAGCAUUGUUGACAAAACCAGUGAGGCUCUGUACAUUGAAGUAACUUCUACUGGUCAUGGCGCCAAAUACGGAAAAGGAGGGACAAAAAGUGCAGUGACGAUGUUCAUCGACAACCCGAUUCAUUUUUGCUGGUUGAUGAUUUUGGACGAAAAAAUGGGACUUGGCGAAGCAUAUAUGGCUGGCGAUUGGCGAGCGGAACCAAAUCCUACAGAAUUCCUCAAGCUUCUCAUCAGAGCAAAGAGUUCGUCACAAGGAGAAUGGGCAGGCUGCUCGAAAUCUCGGGCGAAACCACUCCCAAGGAGAAACCUCUUGCGUUACGCCCGUGGUAAUGCGACCUGUUGCUUGAACUGGACUUUCGUACGUAAAACGACAGCCGUAAUCAACUAUAUCCAACAUAGAAUCAGAGAUAACACUGUAGCGCAAAGUGCCAAGAAUAUAGAAGGUACGGUAGCGGAGAUAACACAAAACCCUUCAGAACCCGGUCAUCGCGUCGAAAAGGUGGAUUUUGAAGAGCUGGAGGAAGCCCAAUUGCGAAAAAUUGACGCUCUCAUCGAUAUGCUUGACCUGAGCGAGAACGACCAAGUGCUCGAGAUUUAG